AUGAGGAAGCCGCCGAGGGUGGGGAGACUGGGGCCGGAUUGGGAGGAUCAACCGGUCCGGCCUGUCCGAGCCGAUAGCCCCCGGGGUGUGGCCCCGUUAUCGGGCCCCCGGCCCGCUCGCCCCUCGGCGGGAGCGUCGUUCCGAGGGCCCGGGGGGGCGGUACCCAAGGGGGCGGUGCCCGGGGGGGCGGAGGUGGCAGCCGCCGGGCCCGCCCGCUUCGGCUCCGGGGGGGUACGGCCCGGGGGGGCGGGACUCCGGGCCAGGAGAGCCGGGCAGCGGGCAGCCGCCGCCGCCGCCGCCCAGCCCGCCCCGAUGCUGGAGCCCCCGGAGCCCCCCGAGCCCCCCGAGCCCCCCGCCCCCAGGUCCCAGACCGAGGCGGACCUGGCGCUGCGGCCCCCCGGAGCCGGCCCGGGCCCCCCGGGUCCCCGCCGAGCGCGCCGCCCGUCCGGGAAGGGGGAGCCCCGGCCCCGCUCCGCCCGCUCCGCUCGCCGCAGCUCCGCGGACCUGGACCCGCCCGCCGCCCGCACCGAGCCGCCGGGCCCCCCCGGGCCCCCCGAGGGGGCCGUCCCGGAGCGGCGGGACGAGCGGGACGAGCGGGAGGAGACCGAGACGCAGGCGGUGGCCACGUCCCCCGACGGCCGCUUCCUCAAGUUUGACAUCGAGAUCGGCCGCGGCUCCUUCAAGACGGUCUACCGGGGGCUGGACACCGACACCACCGUGGAGGUGGCCUGGUGCGAACUGCAGACCCGCAGGCUGAGCCGCGCGGAGCGGCAGCGGUUCGGGGAGGAGGUGGACAUGCUGAAGGGGCUGCAGCACCCCAACAUCGUCCGCUUCUACGACUCCUGGAAGUGGGCCGUGAGGGGCCGCGUCUGCACCGUCCUGGUCACCGAGCUCAUGACCUCGGGCACGCUCAAGACGUACCUGCGCCGCUUCCGGGAGAUGAAGCCCCGGUUGCUGCAACGCUGGAGCCGCCAGAUCCUGCGCGGCCUACAGUUCCUGCACAGCCGGGCGCCCCCGAUCCUGCACCGCGACCUCAAGUGCGACAACGUCUUCAUCACCGGCCCCACCGGCUCCGUCAAGAUCGGCGACCUGGGCCUGGCCACCUUGAAACGGGCCUCCUUUGCCAAGAGCGUGAUCGGAACCCCGGAGUUCAUGGCGCCCGAGAUGUACGAAGAGAAGUACGACGAGGCCGUGGACGUGUACGCGUUCGGCAUGUGCAUGCUGGAGAUGGCCACAUCCGAGUACCCGUACUCCGAGUGCCAGAACGCCGCGCAGAUCUACCGCAAGGUCACCUCGGGCACGAAGCCAAACAGUUUCCACAAGGUGAAGGUGCCACAGCUGAAGGAGAUCAUCGAGGGUUGCAUCCGCACGGACAAAAAUGAGAGGUACACGGUCCAGGCCCUGCUGGCACAUGCGUUCUUCCAAGAGGAGCGGGGGGUUCGCGUGGAGUUAGCGGAGGAGGAUGACGGGCAUAAACCCGGGCUGAAGCUGUGGUUGCGCAUGGAGGACGCCCGCCGCGGCGGGGGGCGACCCCGAGAAAACCGGGCCAUCGAGUUCCUGUUCCAGCUGGGGAGGGAUGCGGCCGAGGAGGUGGCCCAGGAGAUGGUGGCACUGGGCCUGGUGUGCGAGGCCGAUUAUCAGCCGGUGGUGCGGGCCGUUCGGGAGCGGGUGGCCGCCAUCCAGAGGAGGCGGGAGGAGACCCGGCAAGCCCGGGUAGUGGCUCAGACCACGGAGAUCCCUCCGGCCGGGUCCUCCACCCCCACCCCACCCGGCCCGCUCCCCCUGCCCCCCGAGCCCGAGGAACCGGAGGCCGACCAGCACCAACCCUUUCUUUUCCGCCAUGCCAGUUACUCAUCCAACACCUCGGACUGCGAAACUGAUGGCUACCUGAGCUCCAACGGCUUGGCCGAAGCCACUGACCGCUCCCCGCGGCCCUCUGCGGGGGAGCCCCCCAGCCCCACUGACCCUCAGCUCCGCCUGCCCACGGGCUUUGCGGUAUCCAUCCCCCGCUCUGACCUGGUUAGUGACUUCUCGGCUGGGGACAGCUACGCCUCUGACGCGACUUCCGGAAUCAGCGAUGGAGGCGAGGGGCCGCGGGCCCGGAGACCCCCAGGAAAGAGUCCACGGCGCAGACCCCGCUCCCGGCUGCGGGUCACCAGUGUCUCAGACCAGAGUGACCGGGUGGUGGAGUGCCAGUUGCAGACCCACAACAGCAAGAUGGUGACAUUCCGCUUCGACCUGGAUGGAGACAGUCCCGAGGAGAUCGCGGCGGCCAUGGUGUACAACGAGUUCAUCCUGCCCUCGGAGCGGGGCGGUUUCUUGGGCCGAAUCCGGGAGAUCAUCCAGCGCGUGGAGACCUUGCUGCGGCGGGAGCAGAGCCUCGGGGAGCCAGACGGGGAGACGCCCGGCCCAGCUGACCCCCAGCAGGAGGACCCAACUCCUCCCAGCAUCUCCAGUUCCCCGAUUCCCCCACUCAGCGAGGCCCAGAGCCCCCCCACGCUGGACCCUCGGGAUUGGCCAUCCUUGCCUGGGCCCACAAGCCCCGGCAGCCCCGCCGACCCCCUCAGCCCCAGUGGGCAACCCGUGUUCCUGCUGCCCUCCCCGGCGGGGACCUCCUUUCCCAUCCUGUCCCCACCCUUCACCCCUUUGUCCCCAGGCCACACGGGCUUCUCCCCAGACUCCACCCCUUUCUCUGAUUCCCUUUCACCCAGCUCUGACCCCUUUUCUCCGUGCUCCACCCCGCUGUCCCCCACGGUGGCCCCUCUGUCCCCCAGCCCACCCCCCCAGCCUGCACCCCAACUGCUGCCUGCUGCCCCCCGGCCGGCUCCGCCGCCCCCCGCCCCCCUGCUCUCCCUGGCCGGUGCCUUCUCUCUGGCUGUGAUGACUGUGGCCCACUCCCUACUGACCCCUUCCCCCGGAGUCCUCCCCCGUCCCCACCAGGCCCAGGGGCCCCCGCCCAGCACUCCGGCCCCCUCCCUGCCUGCCCUGGAGAAGGCCGAGCCCCCUGUAACGGGGCAGGAGAUUGGGACCGUGCCCCAUCCUGCCUGGCCUCCCCAGGGAGCCGAGGCCCGACUGUGGCCCAUCUCUGAAGAAGGGAAGACCCAGGUUGUGGGCCGCUUCCAUGUGACCACGUCGAAGGACCCGGCUCCGGCCCCGGCCCCCCCGAGGCCCCCCACCCCGCCCCUGGCCCCCGAGAGCUCGGACACGGAGGACAGCAUCGGGGGGCCGGAGCCCGGGGAGGACUUGGCUGAGAGUGAGCGGGCCGGGGCCGUGGCCGAAGAGGAGGGAGGGGCGGGGGGCCGGUCCCCGACCCCCGUGGCGGUGGCGGCGGCGACCCCCCAGCCCAGCCAGGUGUGGAUGAGCUGCACGUACAGCAGCAGCAGCCUGUGCCUGAGCAGCGGGGACUCCGACAGCAGCCAGGGGGACGACGACAUCUGGGAGGAGCUGCAGACCCUGCGGCACAAGCACCUGUCGGAGGUGGAGGCGCUGCAGCAGCUGCAGAAGCAGGAGAUCGAGGAGCUGUACGGGCGGCUGGGCAAGCAGCCCCCGCCGGGCAUCGUGGCCCCCGCCGCCAUGCUCUCCGGCCGCCACCGACGCCUCUCCAAGGGCAGCUUCUCCGCCUCCCGCCGCAACAGCCUGCAGCGCCUCGAGCCCCCGCCCCCAGGCAUCAUGCGCAGGAAUUCCCUGAGUGGCAGCAGCACCGGCUCCCAGGAGCAGCGGCCCAGCAAGGGGGUCACCUUCGCAGGGGACUUUGGCCGGCUGUGAGCCAGCGGCCAGCCGGGCACCCCGCCACGCAACCCUCAGCUCAGGGCCGGCGUGUCACUUCACCGCUCCGACUGGACCCGCACUGCCCCUUAGAGAAGCAGCCUGGCUUAGUGGAAAGAUCCCGGGCUUGGGAAUCGGGGG